GGAGGACCCCCGCGGACGCGCUGCGCCUCGGCGGCAGCAGCAGGGGAGAGCUCCUGAGCCGGGCCAGGUGCUCGCGGUCGAUCGGCGCCACGAGUGGUGGUCUGGUUUCUUUCAGCUCGGGAGAGGUAGCCAUGGGGAGGUCGCCGUGCUGCGAGAAGGCGCACACGAACAAGGGCGCGUGGACCAAGGAGGAGGACGAGCGGCUGGUGGCGUACAUCCGGGCGCACGGGGAAGGGUGCUGGCGCUCGCUGCCCAAGGCGGCGGGCCUGCCGCGCUGCGGCAAGAGCUGCAGGCUGCGGUGGAUGAACUACCUCCGCCCGGACCUCAAGCGCGGCAACUUCACCGACGACGAGGACGAGCUCAUCAUCCGCCUGCACAGCCUCCUCGGCAACAAGUGGUCUCUGAUCGCCGGGCAGCUGCCGGGCCGGACGGACAACGAGAUCAAGAACUACUGGAACACGCACAUCAAGCGCAAGCUCCUGGCCCGCGGCAUCGACCCGCAGACGCACCGCGCGCUCGGAGUCAGAGCCGACGCCGCCACGGCUCCCGGCGCCGUCGCGGCGCACCACCGGGCGGCGGCGCUGCUGCACCACCACGCGGGCGCCGUCGUCGUCCCGGUGGCCCCGGUCAAGCUCCUCGCCGUGAAGCCGGCGCCCGCGGAGUCGUCAUCCGACGACGGCGGCAGCAGCAGCACCGGCAGCAGCGGCGGAGGCAGCGCCGGGGAGCCACGGUGCCCCGACCUCAACCUCAACCUCGACCUGUCCGUGGGCUCGCCGCCGCCGGCGGCGGCUGCCGACACGCCCACCUCGCUGUGCCUGUGCUACCGCCUCGGCCUCCGCGCCGGGGAGGCGUGCGGCUGCGAGGCUGACAUCACGGGGCAACAGGGGUUUAGAUUUUUCAGGCCGUUGGAACAAGGCUAGUAGUGCCGUAAACUACGAGCUUCUGCUAUCAGACUUGAGAAUGAGAACCCGAGAGGAGAGUCGUUAAAAUAGCGGGCUUGAUUCACUGCAAUUUGCAGGAAGGACAGGCAGUUUUUUCUCCUAAUGGACAGCACUGUUUGAGGAAAAGAGGAAAACGGAUUGAAAGAAAUGUGAUCGUUCGUCUCGGUGCUUUUUUGGUUCCAAA